UCGAGUCAUCUUUUAUCGCCGCCGAAGUUCUGUAACAUGUCGAAUAUGGGGGCGCGAGUCGCGCGCGCGUUGAGGAGUUUCAACCUAGAAAACCGCGUCUAUCGUGAGAUAUCGAAGGAAAAGCCGUCGGCAGCGCCGCGGCACAAAGUCAACGUCCCGGAGCCGGUCAGCAGCUCGGCGGAAGAUCCGGUUUCUAUUCAUCAGAGAAACGACCCGCUGCUGUCGUUUCUGAAGACGGUGUACGUGGAGUCGACAGAUCCCCUGCCAUCAGAGGCACCAAAACAAGUGGCCGUACAGAAGGAAGAGGAGCGCAGGCCGCUGAAGUUCACUUUACCUGUUAACCGUUAUGGCCUUGUGGAGAUUACAGACGUUCCUAAAGGCAAGCUGUCUCUUGUAGAGGCUCUCAAAGCCCUCAACAGUCACAAGCGUGAACCUAAGGCAUGGACGGCGGAGAAGAUUGCCGAGGAGUAUUCCCUGGAUUUGAAAGACACAAAGGCCCUCGUCGAAUUCUUCAUUCCCUUCAAUAUUACAAUUUUACCGCCCAAUACUGACCGUGGCAAGCAGAUAAAGGGUUCUUAAUGACAGUAUUCCCGAUUAUAGGCAUUUAUCAUUCAAAUAAUUAUAUCAUGUAUUUAUUCAUGUGAAUACAUUUGUGUGCUUUCAAGGUUGUAUUUUGAAAUCAAGCUGUAAAAUGAAGACAUUGAUAAUAUUCUGAGUUAUGACUAGUCAUUUUUUUCAGUUACAUCAAACUGUCAAGCUGUCAACCUUGGCAUGUUUGUUUGAUCAUUGAUUUAGACAGAUAAUCUGUGCAUUAUUUCUGAUGACUAUGUACCAAAUUUCAUUUGCACUCCAUUUAGAUUUUACCAUCUUAAGUGGAACAAUUAGUACUUGUUAUCCUGAAAACACGCACGCCUUUUUGAAAGAUGCACCAGUUGGCUUCAACAUCGAUAACAUCCACCAUAAGCAAAAUAUUAAAGGAAACUCUGACUUCUUUCACAAAGGGGAAACAGUUAUUUUACUCAUGUAAAAUCCUUCCAGCUAAUGUGGAAGGACUGACACUAGUUAAUUUAUUGUCACUUUCUCAGUGUUCACUCUCUCCACUAGCUAUCCCCUUUUAAGCCAUUUUUCUUCUCUAGCAUCUGUCUUCUCAUUUGAACGAGUUGGUUGCUUUCACACCAAAUAUAUAGAAACUGCAUAACUGGCUAUCAUCAGUCAAGUUGGACAGGAAUGUUGAUUUAAUUGCAUAAUGCACUUCAUUUGGAGUGAAAAAUACAACACGCCACUCGAAGAGAAUACCUCAUUUGUCUUGCACGUCACUGUUGGCAUUAAUGCGCCUGCAGGCCAAAACAAGACGAUAUCUCUAGGUAACGGCACAUAAACCUUUCUCUCUUGAGAAUUACUGCAUUUUGCUGCGUAGACGCACAACUAUUUGUUUUGUUUUUUUUUUUAAUAAAGGACUUCAUU